AUGCGUUUCUCCUUACGUGCCGUUGUUGUCGCUUUGGCAGCAUCUAUUUCUCGCGAAGAACAAUACGCACAAGCUCUGAAGGAACAAGAAGAACUGGAACGACAGGAGAAAGAACAACGUGCCCUCGAGCUCCGAAGAGAAACCAGCACCAAGGAUGCUGCCAAGGUCAUCGCCAAAUCUCGUGCAGAAGCCAUGAAGAGAUCGUCUGCUCGCAGUACUACUACCACAAUUCUGAGGAGUAAUGCCCAACUACUGCGCGCACGAGCUGCUCAGAGUACUGUCGUUCCUGAUGCUUACGAGGAUCUCUAUACGCUCAGGGAUCACUACGACGAUAUGUACAGCGACGCAGUGAGGAAGGACCGCGAAGGAAUUAUGAGAGCGGGAGGAUAUCGGGUCGAGGAAGCUUGGGACAGAGCCCUCAGAUGUGCUGUCGCUGGGUUGGAUUUAUUACCACUGUCAGAGCUGAGCCCAUCGCCUGGACGGACUGAUAUUGUGAUGGCAUCUGCCUGA